UUGCGGGGAAUCCCUUCUUCUCUUUCCUCCAUGUCUCUUUUUUUUCCAGAAAAAUAUACACACAUUUUAUCCGUGAAGCAACAAGAAUGAGCAAAGCUAUCAUUUCCCCCUCCGUUCUUGCUAGCGACUUGUCCGACCUCAGCAACGAGUGUCGACGAAUGAUGGCCAAUGGAUGUGACUGGCUUCACAUGGACGUCAUGGAUGGCCAUUUCGUCCCCAACAUCACCAUGGGCGCCCCCAUCCUCGAACACGUUUACAAGAAUGUCCCCAACAUCUUUAUGGACUGCCACAUGAUGGUUUCUAACCCUUCUCAAUGGGUUCCUGAAGUUGCCAAGGCAGGUGGAAAACUCUACACAUUCCAUUAUGAAGCUACCGAGGAGCCCGAAAAGGUCAUUGAGCUUGUCCAUUCCCAUAAUAUGCUUGCUGGACUUGCUAUUUCACCUGAAACCCCGGCUAGCGCCAUCACGGACUCCCUUGGUAAAGCUGCCGAUCUCUUGCUCGUCAUGACCGUCCGCCCUGGCCGAGGUGGUCAAAGGUUCAUGCCCGAAUGCCUCGAAAAGGUAAAGGAGUUGAGGGAGAGAUUCCCUGGCAAGAACAUCCAGGUCGAUGGUGGUGUUGGAUCUGGCAACGCUUGCCAGUGUGCCCAGGCCGGUUCCAACGUCCUUGUCGCUGGUACUGCCAUCUUUGGCGCCAAGGACCCCAAGCAGACUAUCCAAGAAAUGCGCACCGCUGUGGACGGCGCUAUUGCUCAGCAAAAGUAAAAAAGGCGCGCUUUUGAGAUAAGAGCGAAGAAAAACGUUGUGGUAAGACAAUUUGGGUAUUUGAAAUUCCAAAAGCGCCUGCACUUUGAUAGGCUGCACUGAUCGU